AUGUCUUCUGGAGCCGCGAACUCGACCUCUCCUGCCAACGAUGGUGCCCCUGACGCCAACGGCACCACCCUGAACACCAACGUCGGCGGCGCUGCUGCCCCAAGCGGCGAUAUUGCUACUCCCACCUCGGCAGCGCCUGCCGCCCACCAGAACUCAGCUUCCCUGUAUGUUGGUGAACUUGACCCCUCCGUCACGGAGGCUAUGCUCUUUGAGCUCUUCUCGUCCAUCGGCCAGGUUGCCUCUAUUCGUGUUUGCCGCGACGCCGUCACCCGCCGCUCUCUCGGUUACGCUUAUGUUAACUACAACAGCUCUGAGGACGGCGAGAAGGCCCUCGAGGAGCUCAACUACACCGUCAUCAAGGGUAGGCCAUGCCGCAUCAUGUGGUCUCAGCGCGACCCUGCCCUGCGCAAGACUGGCCAGGGCAACGUCUUCAUCAAAAACUUGGAUGUCGCCAUUGACAAUAAGGCUCUUCACGAUACUUUCGCUGCUUUCGGCAACAUUCUCAGCUGCAAGGUCGCGCAGGACGAGAUGGGCAACUCCAAGGGCUAUGGGUUUGUCCACUACGAGACUGCCGAAGCUGCCACCAAUGCCAUCAAGCAUGUCAACGGUAUGCUCCUGAACGAGAAGAAAGUCUUUGUCGGUCACCACAUCCCCAAGAAGGAUCGUAUGAGCAAGUUCGAAGAGAUGAAGGCGAACUACACCAAUAUCUACGUUAAGAAUGUCGAUCAGGACGCCGGCGACGACGAGUUUCGUGACCUCUUCGAGAAGUACGGCCCCAUCACCUCCGCUUCGCUUGCGCACGACGAAACCGGCAAGAGCCGUGGAUUCGGCUUCGUCAACUACGUUAAGCACGAAGAUGCUGCGGCCGCCGUCGAAGCGCUGAAUGACUACGACUUCCGAGGCCAGAAACUUUACGUUGGACGUGCGCAGAAGAAGCACGAACGUGAGGAGGAGCUUCGAAAGCAGUACGAGGCCGCACGUCUCGAGAAGCAGUCCAAGUACCAGGGUGUGAAUCUGUACAUCAAGAACUUGGAUGACGAUGUCGACGACGAGAAGCUCCGAGAUCUCUUUGCUCCUUUCGGUACUAUUACAUCCGCCAAAGUCAUGCGUGACGCGAUGCCUGCCGACCGCUCCGACACACCCUCUGACGAGCAGAAGGAGGAGACAAAGGAUGAAGACAAGAAGGAGGGCGAGGAUAAGGAUGGUGUAAAGGAGAGCUCUGGAGACGAGAAGAAAGAAGAGAAGAAGGACAAGGACAAGGUCACCAUCAAGGGCGAGAAGAAGAUCCUCGGCAAGAGCAAGGGCUUUGGCUUCGUCUGCUUCAGCAACCCCGAUGAGGCGACCAAGGCUGUCACUGAAAUGAACCAGAAAAUGAUCAACGGCAAGCCGCUCUACGUUGCUUUGGCUCAGCGGAAGGACGUUCGCAAGAACCAGCUCGAGGCCACGAUCCAGGCUCGCAACCAGCUCCGUAUGCAGCAACAGCAACAGCAGCAGUUUGGUGCCAUUCCUCAGAUGUUCAUUGCCCCUGGCCAACAGCCCGUCAUGUUUCCUCCUGGCGCACGUGGCCAAAUGCCCUUCCCCCAAGUCCUCCCCGGUGGUCAGGGCGGCCGUGGUGCCGGAUUCCCUGGCGGUAUUCCAGCCCAGCAAGGAGGUCGUGGUGGACCAAAUACCCAGCAGAUUCCUCCCAUGUACAUGCCUCCUGGUAUGAUCCCUGGCGGUUUCCCUAACCCGUACAUCAAUCCCCAGUACGCUCAGUUGGCUCAAGCCGCUCAGCAAGCUAUGGGAGGACGCGGAAACAGCCGAGGUGGACCUAUGCCUCCCAUGCCCGGUAUGCAGCCGCAGAUGGCCGGCGUUCCAGGAAUCCGUGGAGGCCAGGCAGCGUUCCCGCAGCCCUCCGCCGGUCGCGGUGCUAUGGGUGGACGACAAGGUCAGCCCCAGAUGCCUGUCUUCCCUCAGCAGCGUCCAGGUCCCGUUCCUGGCCCCGUCCCUGCCAGUGUUGAUGUUGGUGGUUUAAGCUCUGCCCCACCACCACAGCAGAAGCAGAUGUUGGGCGAGGCACUGUACCCCAAAAUCCACGAGAUGCAACCCGAGCUGGCAGGCAAGAUCACCGGUAUGCUCCUCGAGAUGGACAACACUGAGUUGAUUAACCUCACCACCGACGACUCUGCUCUUCGUGCUAAGGUCGAGGAGGCUAUGAGUGUAUACGACGAAUACGUCAAGAACAAAGAGGGUGAGGGAUCUAAAGAAGAUGCUUCCAAAGACGAUUCAAAAGAAGACAAGGCCUAA